AUGGACUUUCGAUCAUCACAGGAGCCUCCUGUGAAGAAACGUCGCUUCUUCCAUGAGCAAGGCGAGCAGGCUUCGUCUGAUCCUAUUGCGUUCAGCCCUCGAGAUGACAGCCCCCAAGUCCACAAGGAGCGCCCUCUGGGAGAAGAGAUUGACGGCGAACCCGAAAAUAGGCAAGUGUUGGUCGAAAGAUCAGCAAACGAGACGCCAACACGCGUCCGGACACAGCCGCCCGCUCAGCUCCAACACGAGUCCUCGUCUGUAACUUUCGAUAAGGAUACCUUCGAGGCCUUUGUUGGUGCCAACGUCAGCAGCGAUGUUAUCUCGAUUAUCCAGGCUCACUGCGGUGGAAACCUCGAGCGAGCUGUCAACAUGUACUUUGACGGCACAUACAAGAAGCUUCAGAAACCACCAUCACUAGGUACUCUCAUCCGGCCGCAACCCUCGAGCCAAAACUCUCCAACGACUACACCGAACAGCGAGACACCGCCGCCUACUCGGCAAGAUGUUCCCAGAGAGCGAUAUCUUGGUGCUUUCGGAGCUGAAGGUUGGGCUACAUGCAGCGGCACGAAUCUACUAAAGCAUGGCGAUAUCGUGAGGAUUGAGCGGCAGGUCGCACAGACAUCCGCAGCGAAAUCAAAGAGCCGGCAAAUCCAAGCGAGAAAGACCGACGUUCUUGUGCGGUUCACGACGCAACAAGGCCGUGAAAUAGGGCGCCUCCAAAGAGAUACGUCCGCAUGGGUGUCCGUGUUGAUCGACCAGAAGCUAUGCAGAUUCGAUGCUGUUUGCGUUUACGCCCCAGAGAGACUGCGAACCAACGAGACAGUCUUUCUGCAACUCAAGUGCCAUUUUCUGAACUCUGCUUUUCAGAGGCGAGGCUUCAAGUUGGCCGACGACAGGUCUACCAGGCCUUUCGAACAAGAGGAGACGACAGACGAAAAGAACCUCAGGUUGCGACAGACAGCCAUGGUGCGACUGUUUCAGGAGGUCAAUCUGCAGCCUACAGUCGCCAAUGAGAAAGCCAGUGAAGGUCGAAAAGGCCUGUUGAAGGCAGCCGAGAUGGACGAGAAGAAGCAGAAGGAGGCCCAGAAGGCGGAAAAGCCCAGCGAUUCUACACCUCCGUCCGAAGAGGAGGGACAGGAGCUAGAGCAGGAUCAGCUCGAUGCUUUGUACAAGAAGGCGCAGUCCUUUGACUUCAACACUCCGGAAGCUGAGCCAGCGGACACUUUUGCCAUGACUCUUCGAACAUACCAGAAGCAAGCGCUGCACUGGAUGAUGGCCAAAGAGAAAGACGAGAGAAGUAGCCGCGAACCAUCGAUGCAUCCACUGUGGGAAGAGUACGUCUGGCCCACCAAGGACGUAGAUGACAAUGAUCUACCCUUGUUCAGCGGAAAGGAGAAGUUCUACGUCAAUCCGUACUCUGGGGAUCUCACCCUCGACUUCCCCGAACAAGAGCAACACUGUCUCGGCGGCAUACUGGCUGAUGAGAUGGGACUUGGAAAGACGAUCCAGAUGUUGAGUCUGAUUCACUCUCAUCGCUCCGAGGUAGCCCGACAAGCCAGUCUUACAGGCAUAUCAGAUGUGAAUCAACUCCCGAGGCUCGGAGCCAAUGCGUCGGGUGUGCUUGAUGCACCUUGCACCACGCUCGUCAUCGCGCCAAUGUCGCUUCUGGCGCAGUGGCAGAGCGAGUCGGAGAAAGCCUCCAAGGAGGGGACCAUGAAGAUUGAGCUAUACUACGGCGCCGAGAAGAGCAACAACCUGCAAUCACUCUGCGCAGGGGGCAAUGUAUCGCGGGCGCCUGACAUUGUCAUCACCAGUUAUGGCAUCGUUCUGUCCGAGUUCAGCGCCAUUGCUGCUCGUGAUGGCGACAAGUCCUGGCACAAGGGCAUCUUCUCAUUGAAGUUUUUCCGUGUCAUUCUGGACGAGGCCCAUCACAUCAAGAACCGAGCUUCGAAGACUGCCAAAGCUUGCUACGAUAUUUCGGCGUCUCAUCGCUGGGUCCUGACCGGUACGCCCAUUGUCAACAGGCUGGAAGACCUCUUCAGUCUGGUGCGCUUCUUGGGCGUCGAGCCGUGGAACAACUUCUCCUUCUGGCGUACAUUCAUCACGGUGCCAUUCGAGUCGGGCGAGUUUGUUAGGGCGCUAGAUGUGGUGCAGACCGUGCUAGAGCCUCUAGUCAUGCGUCGCACAAAGGACAUGAGAACUCCGACUGGUGAACCCUUGGUACCCCUUCCGCCGAAGCAGAUUGACGUUGUAGAGAUUGAGCUGUCUGAAACAGAGCGAGGCGUCUACGACCACAUAUUCACCCGAGCGAAGCGGACGUUCUCUCAGAACCUCGAAGCCGGUACGGUGUUCAAGGCAUACACGACCAUCUUUGCUCAGCUGCUGCGAUUGAGGCAGUCGUGCUGUCACCCCAUGCUGGUUCGCAACCGCGAGAUUGCGGCUGAGGAGGAGGACGUCAAUGCGGCGGCUGAUGCUGCCACCGGUCUGGCCGACGAUAUGGACCUGGACGCCUUGCUGAGUCACUUUACGGUCGCCGUUGAGGAGGCCUCCAAGGAUAGCAACCAAACCUUUGGCGCGCAUGCGCUGAAGGAGAUUCGCGACGAAUCGGAAAAGGAGUGCCCCCUGUGCUUCGAAGAGCCGAUGAACGACCAACUCGUGACCGGGUGUUGGCAUUCGGCCUGCAAGAAAUGCAUCCUGGACUACAUGCGGCAUGAGACAGAUCGAGGCGAGGUCCCCAAGUGCUUCAACUGCCGAGAGCCCCUCGACAAGCGGGAUCUAUUCGAGGUUGUGCGCAACGAGGAUGAUGUCGACCCCGAGACGAACAAACCUCGGAUCAGUCUGCAGCGUCUCGGGGCCAACACGUCUUCCGCCAAGAUUGUCGCUCUCCUGAGCCAUCUUCGUGCCCUACGCAAGGAGCAUCCGCAGAUGAAGUCGGUCAUCUUCUCGCAAUUCACGUCCUUCCUGUCGCUGAUCGAGCCCGUUCUCACGCGCGCCAACAUCAAGUUUCUCCGUUUGGACGGUUCGAUGGCGCAAAAGGCCCGGGCGGCCGUGCUGCGCGAGUUCGCCGAGGGUCAGGGCUUCACAGUGCUCCUCAUUAGUCUGCGCGCUGGCGGCGUAGGCCUCAAUCUCACGAGCGCCGGUCGUGUUUUCAUGAUGGACCCGUGGUGGAGCUUUGCGGUCGAGGCGCAAGCGAUUGACCGCGUGCACCGCAUGGGGCAAGAGAGCGAAGUGUUUGUCAAGCGGUUUGUGGUCAAGGGCAGCGUGGAGGAGAGGAUGCUCCGAGUCCAAGAACGGAAGAAGUUUAUUGCAACAUCUCUUGGCAUGAUGAGCGACGAGGAGAAGAAGAUGCAGCGCAUCGAGGAUAUCAAGGAAUUGUUGAGCUAA